GCAGCUCCAGCAGCAGCCCCAACUCCAGCAACAGCAGCAACAGUUGAUUCGUGUGCCCAUUCCCAGUGCUUUCCAGUGUUUCUCUAUACCCACACCCACUUCAGCAGCUCAAUUCUGGCAAUUCUACUCAUUUUCCUCUCUCUGCUUUCAAUUCCCUGGUCGCAGUCAGACUGCCUGUGCGUUUCUCCCGAUUUCACAGGUACUGUGCUAGCAAUAUUGUGCAUAAGUGCAGCUGCACAUCCAGCACCGCCCGUACCAGAAGGGUUGUCGUGGGUAGCCUUGCUGAAUGUGACACUGAGGCAAAAAGGAAAUGGAGGCAGAGGAGAGUAUAUAUAGCGACACAGCUGCUUCCUCUCCUUUCGCCAGAAAUUGCAACACUCCUCACAAUGGAUGAAGACUACGACGUUAUUGUUCUAGGUACCGGUUUAACCGAAUGUAUUCUUUCCGGAUUGUUAUCUGUUGAAGGUAAAAAAGUUCUUCAUAUUGAUCGUCAAGACCAUUAUGGAGGUGAAUCUGCUUCGUUGAACUUGACCCAAUUGUAUGCAAAGUUUAAACCAUCAAAGAAACCAGAUCCAAAGUUGGGUCGUGACAGAGACUGGUGUGUUGAUUUAAUUCCCAAGUUUCUAAUGUCAAAGGGUGAAUUGACAAACAUUUUGGUUCAUACUGAUGUUACAAGAUAUAUUGAAUUUAAGCAAAUCUUUGGUUCUUAUGUCUACAGAAGCGGCAGAAUCGCCAAGGUUCCUGCUAAUGAGAUUGAAGCAAUUAAAUCGUCAUUGAUGGGGAUUUUUGAAAAGAGAAGAAUGAAAAGAUUUUUAGAAUUUAUGGCCAGUUAUAAAGAAGAAGAUAUCCAAACCCAUCAAGGUUUAGAUUUGGACCAAAACACAAUGGACGAUGUCUUUUACAAAUUCGGCUUAGAAACAGGCACCAAAGAUUUCAUUGGUCACUCAAUGGCUUUAUAUUCUAAUGAUGAUUACUUGACCAAGCCAGCUAGAGAAUCCUUUGACAGAAUCAUGUUGUAUUUGCAAUCCGUUGCAAGAUAUGGUAGAUCGCCAUACAUCUAUCCUCUAUAUGGAUUGGGUGAGUUGCCUCAAGGGUUUGCAAGAUUAUCUGCUAUUUAUGGUGGUACGUAUAUGUUGGAUACGCCAAUUGAUGAAAUUUUAUACGAUGAAGCAGGAAAAUUUACAGGCGUCAAAUCUGGCAAUGGAGUGGCAAGGGCUCCUAUUGUUAUUGGAGAUCCCACCUAUUUCCCUGAAAAGGUUAAUAAAACUGGACAGAAAGUUAUAAGAGCAAUGUGUAUUCUUGACCAUCCGAUUCCUGCUGCGCCGGAUGUUGAUUCAUUGCAAAUUAUCAUCCCACAAAGUCAGGUCGAUAGAAAAAAUGACAUUUAUAUUGCGUUUGUUGGUUCAUCUCACAAUGUCUGUGCAAAGGGCUAUUACUUGGCUAUUGUUUCAACUAUAAUUGAAACCGACAGACCUCAUAUAGAAUUGGAACCUGCAAUGAAGUUGUUGGGUUCAACAGUUGAUGUUUUAAUGGGAAUCUCUGAAUUGUAUGAACCCAAGUCUGAUGGUACUAAUGACAAUGUUUUUAUUUCAAAAUCUUAUGAUGCUUCGUCUCAUUUUGAGACCACUACUGAUGAUGUUAAGGAUAUAUAUUUCAGGGUCACAGGCCAACCUUUAGUCUUGAAAAAGAGAGAGCCUAUUGAAGAGGAAGAUAGAUGAUUAUUAAAUAUUAAAUUUUAAAUAUUAAUAGAAAAAUUAUACUAAAUUAUACUAAAUAGUACUGAAUAAUACUGAAUAAUACUGAAUUAUACUAAAUUAUUAUCAUUUAUAUAUCUAUAUAUCUAUGUUAUCUAUCUUACCCCAUUUAUUUAUCUUAUUUUUCUCAUUUUUCUAGUUGUUCUUUUUCCACUUUCUCAUCGUUAAACUUUAAUCUAUGACUGGCAAUCACUUUUCAAACCAACUUUUCCUCAAUGUCCUCAAAAUCCUCUUCCUCGUUAACCU